AAACGCAGCCUGCUUGCCUCUCGGGAGGGUAAAAUACGCGCCUUGUUUUGCCUGUGGUUGCAAAACUUCCAGAUGGAGCAUGAGCACCCGUUAGCAGAGCCUGUGUUUCUGAACAGAGGUGUGGUUUCUUCCAAGACAGCAGAACAGUGAUCACCAGGUCAGGCUUGAGGCUUCAUCGUCUUCUUCCUUGGGCUUGUGCAAGCGCCAGGGCCUGGUGAUGCGGUGGGGCCGGCGGGUGUUAGGGAAGGGUUAGUCGGAUGGAGCCGCUCCUCAGCGCACUCAGCAGCUGCACGGAGGCGCUGCUGGCCGAGGCGGCGGGGCCCGUGGCGGUGGCGGCGGCGGGCCGGGCCGGUGUGGCGUCGCGGCCCUGUCCCUGCCCGCUGUCUCACGGUGACUGCUCCCUCAACCGCCUCCUGAGCCGCCUCCUCACCGCCCGCCGCUCCCUGGAGAUCUGCCUCUUCGCCUUCUCCAGCCCCCAGCUGGGCUGCGCCGUCCGGCUCCUCCACCGCCGCGGCGUCCGCGUCCGUAUCGUCACCGAUGCCCAGUACAUGGGGCUGCAGGGCUCCCAGAUCGGCCUCCUCCGACAGGCCGGGAUCCAGGUGCGCCAUGACCAGGAGAGCGGGUACAUGCACCACAAGUUCGCCAUCGUGGACGGGAGGAUGGUCAUCACGGGCUCCCUCAACUGGACCACCCACGCGAUCCAGAACAACCGGGAGAACGUGCUGGUCAUGGAGGAUGCUGAGUAUGUGAAACCUUUUCUGGAUGAGUUUGAAAGGAUUUGGGAAGAGUACAAUCCCAUCAACUACAGAUUUUUUUCCCAAAGACAGUAAAUGAUUGAGCUGCCCCACAGGGCUGGUGGAGGACUUAACAGAGAACAUCCAUGGACUUUUUUAUUACGUAUGGACAUUAUUGUAUUAUCCACCUGGGUGUAAUUUAGGUCAGCUCCUCCAGAGAAGCAAAAUGCUCUCUACCCUGAAGUGACACAGGUCCCUUGCAGUGGGUCAUUCCUGUGCCAGAGGAACGACCCAGCUCUUUGGUGAGUUGUUCUGUGAGGAUAGAGGUGCAUUCCUAGAGCUUAGAACCACAGGCAGGCUCAUUACCAUGCCCUGGUGCCAUCAUAGGCCAAUUCAGCCUAAACCAUGACUCGAGGUCUCUUCGUAC